AUGUCAACACUCUCACUCGUCCCUCGAGAUAUUUAUAAAGAUGUCCCACCGGAUCCACGUACUGCGCUCCAGAACAAUCCCACAUUGCUAGUAUGCUGGUGGUGCACCGCUGCAUCCUUUGCUAUUAUCCUCGUUAGGGUUAUCGGCCGCUAUAAACGAACAGAACGGUUCUUUACCGAAGAUAAAGUCAUGAUGAUCGGCGCCAUCCCAUUGAUUGCGAGAAUGACGCUAGUUCAUCUGGUCCUGGUUUGGGGGACGAAUAACGCCAAAACGGAGGGAUUGUUAGAGCAGGAUAUCCACCACAGAGAAAUAGGUAGUCGGCUUGUGUUAGCGGCGAGGGUUUUCUAUGCUGUUUACAUCUGGUUGGCCAAAUACACAGUCUGUGAGUUCCUAAGACGACUGACUGGUAUGGUCUGGACAAGAACGUUUCAAAUCUCACUUCGACUGAUCGAGUACUUUCUUGCGAGUACACUUGCAGUUGUCGUCAUUGCAACCUUGGUUGAAUGCCACCCCUUCACUCACUACUGGCAGGUCACACCGGACCCUGGCCCGUACUGCAGGCUGGGAUAUGCCAACCUGCUAACGAUGGGAGUGUGCGACAUUUUAACCGACAUCUUCCUUGUCGUACUCCCUGUAUCCCUGUUUCUGGCUUCCGCCAUGUCAGUCAAACGCAAGAUCCAACUCACCCUUUUAUUCGCAUCAUCGCUCCUCCUAGUCGGCAUCACGGGAUUUCGAGUACCGGCUGUCAUUCAACGAAACGGGAUCCAAAAUUUUCGGUCAUUAGUCGCUUCCUUUGAGAUUCUCGCAGCUACAGCAGUCGCUAAUUUUGUGGUCAUUGGGUCAUUCUUACGUGACCGAGGUCUGAAAAGGGCUAAGUACAAACGAGUAGAACGCUCGCUUUCAGUGGUUGGCAGCGUCGAUCAUUCAUCUGUUAGACGAACUACCAUUACCAAACACCAUUGGGGCAGCGAUGCAGAUCUAGUCGAUGGUUUAGGUAUCAGACUCGAUCCGGAGUUGCAUGCGACUCAACGGAGUGUCAUGCGUCCGGCGCCUGUCGUCGGGGAAUCCAUUCAUCGCCAUCAUGAUCAUCACGACGACAGGUCGCUGAGUGAUUCGCACAGCAUAGAGGAUUAUACUAUGACGGGCAGUUCAACGACAAGCAAGACGUUGACGGGAAUACCUCCUCCUUCAUUUGCUGAUAUUAAUGACCCGGGGAUGAGUCCUAGAACUCUGCAGCGCAGUGUUUCAUUCUAUGAUGUGGGUGCAACAGUCGCAGACACCGUCACCGUCACAACCACGGCUUAA